AUGGAAGUAAAACAAGAAGUUGAUGAGAAUAUUAUAUGUAAAACAGAAAUACAUAAUAAUGAUGUGGAAAAUAGUCAACUCGAUAUCUACAAAAUUGAGAUUAAGGAAGAGCCCAAGAUAGAAAAUGCAGGUGACAUCUUUGAUCAUUUAGACUUAAAGGAAUACCCUGCAAAGACAGAAAUAGAUGAAGAUAAAUUUGUGCCAGUUGAAGAAAAACAAACAAAUGAAACAGAAGAAGAAUACCGAAAGAGAUGGAGAAAUCUGAGGGAGUGUUACAGAAGAGCCUUAAAAGCAAGAAAAUCUAAAAGCGGCCAAGCAGAUAUUAAAAUCAAAACUAGACUAAGGCGACUAGAAAAACAAAUGAGUUUCAUGCAACCAUUUUUAGCAGACCAAGAAUAG